GGGAAAAAAGAAAAAAGAAAAUUGAUGUGAAAAAUCGAAAUCCAGAGGCUAUGGGAAAGCCAGGAUGGUCGUCUCCUCUGCUUUUCCAAUCAAAACUCCUCUGUUUCUCUCUGCUUUACCUUUUUUCCUCCAUCUUCCUCGCUCUCUACACUUCUUUCUCUUCUUCCAAAUGCCUCUUCCGUUCUUCUCCCUUCGAUCCCAUUCAGUUCCCUCUCUUCUCUUAUCCCUCCUCCUAUGGCGAACACAAGUACGCCAUUCCCACUCUCCGCUCCUCUUGCUCCUCCCCUGUUUUCUUCUCAGAUUAUUGGAUGGUUUUCAAUGAGAUCCAUGAAAUGCAGUCGAGUUCUUCGUCGCAAUCCUCCAAUUUGAGGUAUCUCCUCGCUAAUUCCGACACUUUCGGCGGCAAUUUCACUGCCGAGAGGAGAUUUUCUUUCUUCGAUUAUCGAGAUUAUGAUACCACUAACGUACCGGUUCCUUGUGGAUUCCUCAAGAAAUUUCCUGUCAGUGAUUCUGACCGGAUUGCUAUGGAGAGUUGUAACGGUGUGGUUGUAGUUUCGGCGAUUUUCAACGAUCAUGAUAAAAUUCGGCAACCGAGAGGUCUUGGAUCGAAAACUUUGGGUAGCGUAUGUUUUUUCAUGUUUGUUGAUGAAACAACAGUGAAAGGAUUGGAAAAUCACAAGAUAAUUUCUGGAAAAAACUCGUCGUCUGAUAUAAUUGGGGCUUGGAGAAUUGUGAGAGUUUCUAGCAAGAAUCUGUACGAAAAUCCGGCAAUGAAUGGCGUAAUACCUAAAUAUUUAGUUCAUAGACUAUUUCCAAAUUCUAAAUUCAGUAUAUGGGUGGAUGCGAAGCUUCAGUUAAUGGUGGAUCCAUUGUUGUUGAUUCAUUCGUUGAUUAUCACUGAGAAUGCAGAUAUGGCUAUUUCUAAACAUCCAUAUUAUAUUCAUACUAUGGAAGAGGCUAUGGCAACUGCAAGGUGGAAGAAAUGGUGGGAUGUUGAUUCUUUGAAGAAGCAAAUGGAAACUUAUUGUGAAAAUGGCUUGCAACCAUGGAGUCCUAAUAAGCUUCCCUAUACCACAGAUGUACCCGAUAGUGCUUUGAUCUUGAGGAGACAUGGAAGGGGAAGCAACCUAUUCUCAUGCCUUUUGUUCAACGAAUUGGAAGCUUUCAACCCAAGAGACCAGUUGGCUUUUGCAUUUGUGAGAGAUCAUUUGACCCCACCCAUCAAAAUCAACAUGUUUGAAGGAGAAGUUUUCGAACAAGUUGCUUUGGAAUAUAGGCACAAUCUCAAAAAUAAACGAUAUGGUGGGCCUGAAUUGGGCCCCCACAUUUCCAAGCCCAAACGAACUAAAAGGGCCGGCCCUGAUUUGUCGUACGUCAAUGGUAGCUGUUGCAGCAAGUGCCAAAAUUAUCUUCUCCAGAUGUGGGGUGAAGGUGAUGUUUCUUGAUUUCACCUUUUUGUCCUUUGCCAUCUGCCACGUGUUCUUUUCCCCAGAGCGCAGAAAGGUCAUUAGGAAAAGUUUGACGGGUCAACCGUUCCACAUCUUUCUCAUUUCCUUUCUUCUAUUACUAUUCAUACGACGCCGUUUGGGAGCUAUGAACUAGUCGCUUUUAUAUUAAAAUUAUUUUUUCAGUUGUACAUAUUUAAAUUAUUUAUCGAGUGUUUGAUUUAAGGGACUAUUACCUGAGAGUAGUAAUUCAUGUUGGUUAUGAGAGAAAUGAUCAUGGAUUGUUCUUAUUUCAUUGACUCAUUAAUUUUACUUUCUUAUCAA